AUGACAGCGUCGGCGGCCCCCGACCGCAUGCAAGGAGUGCAGCGCGCGGGAAAGUCUCGAUUCCGACAGACGAACGCUUCCGGCUCCGCUUCGUCGUCUUCUGCGUCUCGCGGUGUGCACAGCGCGCCCAACGGGAAGAGCGGAUCGGCACAGACUCACGCGCAGAGCACGAACCGGAACAGCGCCUUCGGCUCGGGGCACGGCCAUGAAGCUGGCCCAGCGCUCUCUGCACACCAGCAGCGUCUUCAGCAGAAUGCCCUUCUCUCCGGGCGUCACCACUUGACCGUCGGUGCGGACGAGAACUCGAUCACUGACUUGUCGCCGCGCAGUCAGAAGUGGAUUGAAGACGUUCAUCCGCUGUUGGAGUUUUUCAACUAUUCCAAGCGUGACGUGUACGCCCUCGUGCAGCGCGCAGAGUACGACCAAGACCGCGUGCAGCAGGCGGUCGCAGAAAUCGUCGAAGAGAAAAAGGGACACGAACAGGGAUCUUGGGAAGUCGUCCUCACCAAACAGCAAAAGCACCAGCUUCGCGCCGCACAGACCGAGACACAGACGCCCACGGGAAGAGGCGAAGGCAGAAACCGACGAGGCGCGGAACGCAGCGGGAGAAACGCGAACGGGAACGCGAGUCGGUACAGAGGAGCCUCCGGAACCGCCGGAACCAACCUCGCGUCCGACAGCGGCGCAGACGCACGCGCAGGAAGACGAACAGAGGGAAGGGCCAGCGCCAGCCCAGGACAGAGACGACGAAGAGACAGCAGAGCAGAGGCUGGCGGGGCCCGUCGCGGCGGCGCCGGCGCGCCGAACGCCAGUGGCAAGUUCUCGACCGACCGUCGCCGAGGAAGAGGCGACCAGGCGGCGGCGACUUCGCCCGGAGUCGAGAGAGACUGGGAAGUCGAAGCACUCGAAUCGCAGUGGGGCGCCGGCCCAGACGGCCUCGUUCCUCCCAAGACAUCCGUUAGAAGUGGAGAAAGCGAAGGCACUUCCGCAGGCAGCCCAGUCGCCCGGCAGUCUGUUCCGGCCGCGCAAGGGAAGGACGAGGCCGCAGCGAGCUCUUCCAGCGAGGCGCGGACUGCAGCUGCGCCCGCCCCGUCGACGCGGUCGUGGGCGGCGCGUCUCGUCCAGAAGAAGGAGCCGGCAGCGACGGAGGCGAAGGCGGCGUCCCCGCAGGGACCAGCGCAUUUAGGCGACGUCGAGGGGACCCGCGGCUCAGACAGUCGCAAGCGAGAGCCGUCUCCAAUCGCCGCACCGGAAACAAAGUCUCCCCGAGCGACGCCCGUGCGCGAUCGCUCGCCGCAGCCUGCGAAAGACGCGAAGAGGGAAGCCUUGCCGAUCCCGUCGGCACAUGUCGAGACCAGUGAAGCGGAGGCGACUGCCCAGAGCGCGCAGGCAGGCGAGGCCUCGCCAGUCGCCACGCCGGCAGCCACGCCGGUGCUCCGCGUGUCGCCCGCGCCGGAGGAGCCCACGUCGGAGAAGGCCGGUGAGCAGAGCCGGAGCCCGCGCGCAGGGGACGAACCGGCCAAGCGCGAAGACGUGGCGAGCCGGGGCGUCGGCGCGGUCGCCUCGAGUCCCGUUGUCAUCAUGCCUCAAAAUCGCCACGCGGCAGGCGCAGGCGGCGUCUUUCUCUCCGACGGCGCGCUCGCCUCGUCCAGCACUCGGGUCCAGUCUCCGGGCGCGAUCGGCCGGGGCCCGCAUGGCGGGAUGGUGGUGGUUGGCGGCGCGCGACCCGUGAUGUCUCCGCAGUCGCCCCGCGCCGGCCAAGUCCGCGCCGGCGCGGAGACGAGUCCGUUGGGCUACGGCGGCCGAGGCGAGGCGUUCGAGGCGGGUCGCGCGGCGGGCCAGGACGCGUUGACUUCCCGCGAUGGCGGAGCGUCUGUCGAGGAGAACCUCUUGACGUUCGGGACCGUCGAACUCCGCUUCUGCACUGCGAACCGCAGUGUGGCUGCUUCCGUGUCGAGCGCCGAAAAGCCCAAGGCAGGAGGCGCCGCGUUCACCCAGGAACCGUCUCCGAAACUGGCGUACCCCGCGGAGGAACCUGGAUCGGGCGCGCCGAGCCUUCUCGCUUCCAGUGCAGCUGGCGGGGCCUUGUUGCCGGCGUCCCUUCGCGCCGAUGGCCUCGGCGCGCCCGCGGCGUCCGCUGAGGCGAACCCCGCGGGCCAGGCGGCGGAGCCCAGCGAAGGCGCCGCGGGAGCUCGGCCCGCGGGGGUGGCGUCGCCGCGCCAGCAGUCGCCGUUCCCUUCCGCGUCGGGGUCUCGGGAACAGGCCUCGACUUUCCCGUCUGUUUCUUCGCGCUUUGGCCCGUCCGGCGGCGCGCCGCUGGAGGCGCAGGGGAUGCAUGCACCCGGCGCGGGGACGCGCGACUCGGAGAGAAGCCAGAGGCAGAACGAGGAGGCGCUGCCGUCCGGCGGGGCGCGCGCGAACGAGCCUGUCGCGGCGGGGCAUAGUUCCUUCGCGCGCGGACAGGGUGCGUCCUUCGCCUCGCAACACAACCAGUCUCAGGGCGCCUUCCAGGGCGGCCGAGGCAGUUCGUCCUACGCGAUGGGAGGAGCGCAGAGCCAUCCGCCGAGCAGCUCGCGAGGCAACUACCAGAUGGGUCCGGACGAAAGCGGCCCGGAGGCGGGUCGGGGCGCGUCGGCCGACGCACAGCACUCACACCGGAACCUGUCGGGCGUCCAACCUGCGCACCAGCCUCUGUUGGUGUCGGGCGACAACGCCGAGUUCCAGAGCAGCCACGGCGCAUCCGAUGCCGGGGCACUGGACGCGUACUACCACUACGUCGGCGGCCGCGAUUUCGUCGGCGGAAGCGCGAAGCUGGAGGGGACCGCGUCGCUCGCGGCCGGGGCGGGCGCGGCCGGCGCAUCCUCGGCCUCGGGCCGGUACCACCAGUCUGGCGAGCAGGCGCAAGGUUCUUCGUCCCUGGAGGGCGAAGGCGCGAGUCAGAUGCCUUCCUUCUCGUCUCCCUCGAAUCUGUACCCGAACGCGUCGCUCUUUGCGAACUCGGCGCCGUCCGGCCCCUCCGAGACUUCCGCGCCUGGGGCGCCGCACCAGGCGGUCGGAAGCGGCCGAGACGCGCGGGGCUCGGCGGGGGAGCGCCGAAAGAAGCAGUCGAGUUACCAUCUGUCGGCGCAGAAUAGUCAGCACGCCUCCGGGUUCUACGGCUCGGGGGCGGGGAACGCCGGCUUGCACGGGCAGACGGCGUCGUGGUCUGGAAGCGCUCACCCGCACGGCGGCGCAGGCUUGGGCGGCCUCGGCAGCGGCCUGGGCGGGUCGGGCGUCAACGCGCAGAACGCGAUGGGGUCUUCGGGAUUCAACGACUUGAUUGGAAAUGCAGGUUCGGGCAGCCACAGCUUGAAUCGAAAUCACGCGUACGAGUACAACGCCGUGGGCAACCUUCCCGCCGGCUCGUCGCUCGCAACCGCGAAGCCGCCGCCGCCGCCGCCCCCCGCGGCGUCGGCGUCGGGCAGCCUCUCGGAGACGAACCGCCUCUUGGGUCUGGGUCAGCCAGGCAACGCGAACUCGCAGUCGGGCAACGCCAGCGGGUUCUCCUCCUACUCGUCGCAUGUGCACCAGCGCGAGUCCGGGCAGAGCUCGAACGCGCGAAGCUACGGCCAGCACUCUGGCGCCAAGGGAAGCGCGCUGCACAUGGGAACGUCCAGCGGGGCGACUGCCGCGUCCUCGUCGAGCCACGCCGCCCACAGCGAGGCCGCAGGCUCCUCCCACGCAUCCAGUUCGGCCUUCACGCCUCCGCCCGGACUCGCCCCCGCCGUGUCGGCGACUGCGCAAUCCACGGGCGGCAGCCAGCAGCCGAGCGCCUCGUCGCCUCCCACGGGCUCCAACAGCGGGCCCCCGAGCUCGUACACGUACCAGGGAUACCACCACACCGGCAUGGCGUAUCCCCAUUACAACAACAUGUACUACAAUCACCACGGCAACAUGAUGCCCCACCAUUUUGGAGUCAUGGCAGGUCACCACGCGGCCACGUCGAACACGAGCGCCAGCAGCGCCAUGGGCAACCCGACAAGCGGCAAUGUGAGCAGCGACGCAGUGCCUUACUCGGCUUCGAGUCAGCCGAGCGGGAGCGCCUCUUCUCUCAGUUCUUCCUCGCUCAACGCGACGAGCAACGCACUGGAUUUGGAGACCAGCAACGCGAGCGAGUCGCACGGCAGUGGACCAAGUUCCAGCGGCUUCGCCCAGCAACACUUCCACGGCUCUGAGGCCGGUGCGGGGGCGUUCUCGGGAGGCGGCUACGGCCACGCCCAGUCUUCCAACAAGACACUCGGUUCGGCACCGUCGUCGAACACGAGCGGCAGUUACAUGAGCUAUUACAACGGCUCUUCUUCGGGAUUUUCUUCUUCGCUCGCGCGCAACGCGCAGAGCAACUACGGCCAGAACCAGCAGGGCGGAAGCUCCAACUCUGGCGGCUUCAAUUCGCGAAACAACGAAAACGCGAACUUGGGCGUCCUCGCCUCUUCGAACCAAAGUGGAGGUGGCUACGGAAAGAACAGCGGCGGCUACGGGAGCAAGCAAUACCACGGCCACAGCUCGUACUAUCCUCGAGGAAACGCCUCGUCGGAGCAGGCAGCGCAGGCAGCUGCGGCAGCAGGUUACUACGGCGGCUACAGCUACGGCCAGUACGCGCAUCCCCCGGGCCUCGGCAACACGUUUUACCAGAGCAACUUUGCGAACCAGAGCGGGAGUAGCCAAGGCAGACCGAACUACGGCGGCUACGGCAACGCAAACAUGUGGAGCUGA